CACUACUUAUAAUCCGGUUUUUGUUCUGUGGUCCUUCUCCUUAUAAAGUGCAAUAAUUCAUCCAUUGCCUCCUGCAACGGUACUUACGAACUUACUUCAACCUACAUUUUUGAAAUCAGUAUAAAUAGUUUGUUCCCGCCUCCACACUGGAAAUUAUUGUGACACGACUGGUGGCUCUUCGAAUUUUCAUUGACGUCCUUCGUUUUAUCUUGUCGAGAAGUUGUGAACACGACGUGCUUUUGCUAGUACUUACAGGAACAUGUAGAAUUUCCCUAUACUCGUCUUGUACUCCUUUCAUCACGUUGUGAACGUGACGUUCAUUUUUUUCUCUAUUCGAGUCUUGCAGCACCAGCACAUCAGCUACUCCUAGUAGACCUCCAAACUACACUUUUGCCCUGGUCGUGAGCGGUAAGUAUUAGUAUCAAGAUGAAGAUGGCGUUUCCUCGCUCGGCGUGCCGUUCCUUCUACCCGGCUCGCCUGCGUCAGACGGUUUUCAUGGCGGUGCUUCUCGUCGCGACAGGCUGCUCGUCGUCUUUCCUCGGUACUAGUCCUCUUCUUGCGCGCGUAUCCAAUGCUGCAAAAACCGCAAUUGCCCCUGAGCGGCCCCUAGGUUGUUCCUCAAUAAGAUUGAUGGUGCGAAAUCUGCUAGGCAAAUCAUCCACAAGUGGUUUCGGGACUUGUUGGACAUGCAGUGCUGCACUAGCGGCCGGUGGACUUAGAAGCCUUACUGGCGGCCGCAUCACAAAGCAGAACUCCGUUGUAUUUAGCGUCGUGGUGGUGAAGCUUCUUAGAAGCAGGACAAAAGAACUUCUUCUAUGAUCCCAUACAAUCGUCCAGCCUCACGUCGCACCUGCUGCACAUCAUGCAAGACGUCGUGCAUGACACUUUAUUCGGGGCUGCAAAGGGAUAAUAAACGUCGGUUUUUGCACAGGAUGGCAUGCGCUCCAACUUCAGGCAUCAUCAUCUUCAGCUUGGAGCGGCGUGCCCUUACUACACCAGAUCGGCCCUGGGGCUGCUCCAUCAACCGGUCGUGCGGGCCGUUCUGCAACACCCGGCCUCUCGGCCGCCGUUCUCCGUCCUCCGCCACUGCCGUCCUCCUCCGCGGCUGGCGCCGUGACUGGUG